UGAGCACUCAGGCUUUAUCCCCUCUCUCUCUCUCUCUCUCUCUCUCUCUCUCUCCCUCUGAUCUCAAUGGCUACCUCCCAAAAUCCACAUCCGUUCAAACUCAACCCUCCGAACAACUCGAGGGGACCUGCAAAUCCUAGCACCAACCCUAAUUUUAGGAGAACCCUACCGGUAGUGGUAGUAGCUCGCAGGAAGGCGAAGGACGAAGAAGAAGUAUGGAAGCACAAGAAGCAGGGGUACGUAGACUACGACCGAGGCGAGCACCAGGUCCGCCUUCACGUGGCCGGCCUCCGCAAAUCGGACGUGCCGAAGCGGUACAGGCUGCGAGUCGACGGCGACCGGUUCCAGAAGGACUGGACCCUCGGCGAAGUGGUUCGCAGGGUUUUGGAGCUCAAACAUUGGGAGGACAUUGAGCGACUGCUCAACCAUUGGGUUGGAAGGUUUGCUAGAAAGAAUUUUCCCGUUCUUAUCAAGGAAAUAACUCAAACAGGUUCAAUUGAGCACAGCAUUCAUGUUUUCCGCUGGAUGAAGAAUCAAAACAACUAUUGUGCUCGGAAUGAUAUUUACAACAUGAUGAUCAGGUUACAUGCCAGACAUAACCGAACAGACCAAGCACGUGGUUUGUUUUUUGAGAUGCAAGAGUGGAGGUGUAAGCCUGAUGCUGAAACUUACAAUGCCCUGAUCAAUGCGCAUGGUCGAGCUGGUCAAUGGCGUUGGGCAAUGAAUAUUAUGGAAGACAUGCUUUGUGCAGCUAUUGCACCAAGUCGAUCAACAUAUAACAACUUGAUCAAUGCAUGUGGAUCUACUGGAAACUGGAGAGAAGCUCUACGAGUUUGCAGGAAGAUGACAGAAAAUGGAGUUGGACCUGAUCUGGUGACUCACAAUAUUGUUCUGUCCGCUUACAAAACUGGGGCUCAGUAUUCAAAGGCCAUAUCCUAUUUUGAACUUAUGGAAGGGACAAAUAUUCGACCAGACACCACCACCCUUAAUAUUAUGAUACAUUGCCUGAUAAAGCUUGGUCAAUAUGGGAAAGCUAUUGAUAUUUUCAAUUCUAUGAGGGAGAAGAGAGCACUGUGUUGUCCUGAUGUUGUGACAUACACUAGCAUAAUUCAUUUGUAUUCUGUUAGUGGGCAGAUAGAGAACUGCCAGUCUGUUUUCAAUACCAUGCUUGCAGAAGGUCUGCAACCCAAUAUCGUUUCUUAUAAUGCUUUAAUAGGUGCGUAUGCUUUACAUGGUAUGAGUGAAGAGGCCCUGUCAGUUUUUAACAAGCUAAAGAAAAAUGGUUUUCGGCCAGAUGUUGUGUCUUAUACAUCUCUGCUCAAUGCUUAUGGAAGAUCUGAGCAACCUCAAAAGGCCCAGGGAAUAUUUGACUUGAUGAAACAAAACAACCUGAAGCCAAAUGUGGUAAGUUACAAUGCAUUGAUUGAUGCCUACGGAUCUAACAAUUAUUUGGCCGAGGCCAUUGAAGUGCUGCAUGAGAUGGAACAAAAUGGGGUGCAGCCAAACAUUGUGUCAAUUUGUACCCUCUUGGCUGCUUGUGGGCGUUGUGGUCAAAAGGUCAAGAUUGAUUCUGUACUUUCGGCUGCUGAGUCACGAGGCAUCAAGUUGAACACAGUUGCAUGUAACUCUGCCAUUGGAAGUUAUAUGAAUGUGGGGGAGUAUGAGAAAGCUCUAAAAGUAUAUGGAUCCAUGAGGGAAAAGAAAGUCAAACCUGAUUCUGUCACGUAUAAUUUGCUAAUAAGUGGUUGUUGUAGGAUGUCAAAGUAUAAUGAAGCCCUUGAGUUUCUUGAGGAGAUGAUGGAUUUCAAAGUUCCCUUAUCAAAGGAGGUAUACUCAUCAGUGAUCUGUGCUUAUAGUAAACUGGGUCGACUUGCAGAAGCAGAGUCCAUGUUCACCAUGAUGAAAAUGUCUGGUUCUCCUGAUGUUAUUGCAUAUACCACAAUGAUACAUGCCUAUAGUGCUGCUGGGAAUUGGGAGAAAGCAUCUGCAUUAUUUCAAGAUAUGGGUGUGAAUGGUGUGCAACCAGAUGCCAUUGCAUGUUCAGCUUUGAUGAAAGCUUUCAAUAAAGGAUGCCAACCAGCAAAAGUAUUGUCUCUUGCCGAGCUUAUGGAAAACAAGGGCAUCCCCUUUAAUGAUGCCAUUUUCUUUGAAAUGGUGUCUUCCUGUAGCAUGUUACGAGAUUGGAGGACCACGGUUGGUCUGAUCAAAAUGAUGGAGCCUUCAUUCCCUGUCAUUUCAGUAGGACUUCUGAAUCAGCUUCUGCAUCUUGUUGGAAAAUCUGGGAAGGUUGAGACCAUGAUGAAGUUAUUCUAUAAAAUAGUGGCAACCAGUGCAGAAAUCAGCUUCUCUACUUAUUCAAUUUUGUUGAAGGACCUUUUGGCUGCAGGAAAUUGGAGGAAAUAUAUUGAGGUACUGCAAUGGAUGGAGGAUGCUGGAAUUCAACCAUCGAUUGGAAUGUAUCAAAGUAUUUUGUUUUUUGCACAAAAUAGUGCUGGGGCUGAUUAUGCUGCUGUUAUACAAGGAAGAGUUGAGUCCUUGAAGAGAAAAUCCAGGGAUCAAAUUUCAACAACCAACCUUCAAGACUCCUCCCUUCCGACAAUGACAUUGAUCGAAUCAACUGUGGAGCAAGAAAUGGACAUACAAUCCCGGCAGCGUGCAGCUUGAAGGGCUAUCAAAUUGUUGAAAAGAAGGCCCAAAUUCAACUGACAAAAGCUGAAUGCUAUUCUGCUUGAUGAUUUUGGUCAUGAAGAUACAUCCCCGAAACACCAUCUACCCUGCUUGCUUUGCCAGAUUGCUUUAGGUUUUCAUUCUGUAGGGUGUUAAGAACAAACUUGGUGGCCCGGAAAAUGUCAAGUAUAUGCUGUUGCACAUAGUCGGAUAGCAAACUUUAGACUUGUAUUGUAUGGACUUUUGUUCUUGUGGAUUUAUAUGCUUAUGGGAUGAGCUUCCCGAAUACAUGUAUUGGCUCUUGUAAAUCUAAUUCUGUAAUCCAAGUAGCUAACUUAUCAAUGCUAUGAUCAAUACUAUGAUGGAUGAAGCAGCCCAAUUUUAUACCAAUAGUUUAUUAGAAAA